AUGUCCACCCACAAGUCAUCUCAAGAAAUCCCUGAAGGUCCCAUUCCUAGUAUCGUCACGCGUCGUUCGCAGAUGCUUAUUACGACCACGGCUCUCAUUGGCAAACGGGUCAAGCCACAGAUCUUCAUAAAUUCCGUCGACGACAUCAAGAGUUUUGGCCUGAUCGCUCAGCACAGUCCUUCCACCCUUCUCGGGGUCAGGGAUCUCACAGUCUCCAUCCCUCUGAAUGUCGGGUACAAUCCAAGGAUGCUUCGGGCAAACAUCAGUCCUUGUCUCAACAUCGUGCAGCUCCGUCUCACGCUCCCCCAGAACACACCGUCUACCGUCUUCAGACUCCUCACCUUCAACCACCUCAAACGCUUUUACACCAACCUCCCCCAUCGCGUCCUCUUCACAUUCCUAUCAAGGCAUCCGACAAUCACCGACUUGGCACUUGAGGGUUGUAGCCGCCCCGCCAACUGCCCUUUACGAGGAGUUGAGCUCCCGCUUCUCGACAAGCUGCAGUGCCCGGCUCGGUGUUUUGCUGCUAUUGCUGUCGGUCGUGCUGUCGGUACCGCACGUGUCAAACUCUCCCGUGUCGGGUCGACCACUUUUGCGGCGAUGGGUGUUCUCGCCGCUUGCCCAGUCGAGGCUCUCUCAAUUGACUUUCAUGAUGAUGAUCACGACAUUCUUGGUCGCAUCGCUGUGAACAUGCCAAAUCUGCGCAAGCUCAAGCUUACAGAGAAGUCAUGCGCAAAGCGACGCGCUGACUAUGCUCGUCGUUCCUGGAACGACUUAGAUGCAUGGCACACUGCCUUGCUGCGCUUCUCGGAGCUCUCCAUUCUGGAGGUGUAUACUGCUGCCACGGUCAGCACGGACUCUCGUUCAGAGGGCGAGGUAGUGAAUGGUUGGGCUAAGGGCACUAAUAUCAACUCAGUCGCCCAUCCGUCUCUUAGACGUGUUACCAUACUGCAAAAGCGAGGUGGACCGGAGGAGAGCCUGACCACAUGGCUUCGGGAGGAGGCCGUCGGGUGGGCACGUGCCUGGGCCCCGCUGAAGGAGAUAUUUGUUGUGUAG